AUGGAAGGGAAGAAUUGUUUUCGCACGAGAUGGGCCCAAAAGCCAAUAUACAGUGGUGGUAAUAUAGCCAGUGUUGGUGUCAUGCUCUCAGAAAAUGACGUUAAUACAUCUUCCCAGGUGGAUCCCUCGGAGGAUAAAAAGCUUCGAGAGCUACUCAUUAUGGCCUGCGGCGACACAUUGAAUGUUGUGUGCAACCGUACCGGUAGCUUGCUUUGCAGCUACACACUACCAAUUGAGGAUGUCAUCCUAUGUGUGGAUGCCGUGACCAUCUUGGAAUCACAAUCCGAUUAUUUUACUCCUUCAAUAGAGACCAAUAAGGACGCUAAUACAAUAACAAAGUUGGAAACGGCUUCUAAGGGUCCCGCAGGGUUGAACAAAAAGCGUAAGAGCACGAAGGUUCAAUCUCCUGACGCGAAUAACCCUGACGACGGAGCGAUGGAAAAUUAUUCAAAAAAGAAUUCCGACGGUGGUGACGUUGCAGAGCUCAAGGUACCACCCGGAAGUUACAUUGCAAUCGGUACGCGUCUUCUUCAGCUCUGCAUUUUUCAGGUAGUAGUGAAUCAUCAGGAGCGCACGGCAAUUCCAACCGUACCAGACCCGACCAAUAAAAAUGCUGAGGAAAGCACUGAAACGGGUACGCAUGAGGUCGCUGACAUUGAGUCAGGUCACGACCAGAAAGUCUUUAGCAAGACAUUGGACGCAUUGACUUUUGAGGCGGAACUUAAGCUUGUUUAUCAAUGGACCGCCGCGCAGCACGCUAUUUCUGUGAUUAAAUUUUCUAGUGGUGCUCAGUAUCUUAUGUCGGGCUCAACAGACGGUAGCAUUAAAGUGUGGAACGCGUUCCAUCACCACCUCACGCACAAUCUGCGUUGUCCCAGUGGAAGUCUGAUCCAAACGGUCUAUCUGGACCCCACCGAGUCCUUCCUGAUUUUAGGCACCUUCGAGGGACAUCUUUCCGUGUUCGAUUUCCAGAAGAAGGUGCUGUUGGCGCACGCCCGCCCGCAUGUCCAGGCGGUUGAAGCGAUCACGGUACUCCACGAGGACGCAACUUACAUCCGCGCAAUUGCGCGAGACCGACGGUUGUCCUUUCUGGAGCUCCGCGCCGACUCUCGGGAACUUAUUGAUAAGCGCAGCGUUGUCGUCAAGGAGCACCUGACCUGUGCGCGGUUUGAAUCGCCAGGCGUGUUGCAUAUCGGCGCUCAAGAUGGGCAGGUGAGCACCUACCACGUAAGCACGACGGGGCCGGUGCGGCUGAUCUGUCGAACGGAAACGCUUCCGGGCCCGGCGCCGGAGAAGGAUGCGGAGUCGCUGGACGCGAUGGUUCGCUGCAUCGUCAUUGCCGAGCGUCCUGCCGGUGUUGAACCCAGUUUAAAAGGGUUCAAGGUGGCAAAUAGGGGUGAAAAGGAACUGUCAUCGUUAUACGUUGCGGAUGGCGGGUUCAAUAUUUCCCGACUUUGUGCGGAUCAUGCUCAAGCGAAGUACACCGUGAGCAGCGUCCUGGUUGGCUUUCUGGAUCAGAUUUUUGAUGUCAAACUGCUUCCGGAUGGGGUGGCAGGUGAUGCCUAUGAGAGGAUUGUUGUGAAUAACAGCAAGGAUGUUUUUCUUUACCACUCCCCUGGCUGCCUUUCCCGACAGGCGCUGAGAGGGCACUCCGGGAUUGUGAUGUGCUGCGCGGUAAGCAGCGACGGUUCCCUCAUCGCAACCGGGGGGACCGACACGGAGGUGCGUUUCUGGUCGACCACGACAUGGCAGACGGUGGCUUGUGGGGUGGGAGGCCAUAUCGCCGAGAUCUCAUCGAUGUGCUUCAACGCGAAACAAACACCGGAGAGCUUGUUGCUGUUUACCAUUUCAGCCGAUGAGAACCUGCGACUUUGGGAUAUUGCGAAGUAUGUGCUACCGUUUCUCAAGCGAUCAACGGAUGGCGAAGCGUCGCCGCCACCGCAGUUUUCGCACCAGUCCGGUGUGAACUCAGCGCACAACGGGCCGGUGUUUGCCCUUGCGGUUUCUCCCAACGAUCAGUACGUCGCGACCGGUGGGAAGGAUAAGCUGAUUCACCUAUGGAAUGUUAAAGGUAAGAAGCUAUACAAGGAGAAGACGCUUAACGGACACCGUAAGGGGAUCUCAGUGUUGGCGUUCUCGCCGACGGACCGCGUUCUCGCGUCUGCGUCGAGCGACGGUGCCGUCCGUCUCUGGUCCCUCGUAUCCUUAGCCUGCGUUAAAACCCUCCAGACGGACAAAACUCCGGUCUUGCAGCUCGCCUUUUUUAACCACGCGACGCAGCUCGUGACGGGGAACUCGGAUGGCGUGCUUCGCGUGUGGGCCCUUGGCGCGUCGGAGGCAGUUUGGUCGUCCGAGCUGCACCGUAGCAAAGUGUGGGCCCUGGUCGUGAAGGAGGUCUCCGAGACGGGUGAAAUCUUCUUCCUUUCCGGCGCCGCCGAUGGGACCCUCAUCGCGACUGAGGAUUACACCGCUGAGGGGGCGGAGAUCCUCCGUCAGGAGCGCCGCGACGGGAUUUUACAGGAGCAGACCCUCGCCAAUGCGAUUCGACGCGGCGAGUUCGCCAAGGCCUUCUCCCUGGCUCUCCGAUUAAGCCAUCCGCGGCACCUGCGGCAGGUGCUGGUGCAGUGGUGCGCCAAAGACCUCAUGCUCUGCGAAAAUACCCUGAAGUCCGAAAUUAUUCCGAGCCUAAUGAACGAGAACUUGUUGCGGCUUCUUCAGUUUACGAGAGAGUGGCUCACCAACAGUCGGCAUUACAACGUCGCCAGCGUGGUCCUCAGCGCAUUUUUUGGAACGUAUCACUUUAUUGAUAUCGCAAAAAUGCCAUCGAUGCGCGGGCUCAUCGAAGUGUUCCUUGCGUACUCCAAAAAGCACAGCCAGCGUCAGCAUAACUUGUUAUGGCGGACGUAUUAUGUGGACUAUCUGACACACGCACUGGAACCCAAUAAACUGACAACGAUGCCACAUUUUACUGAGCAGUUGAACGACCUUCCACGGGAUGCUUUACCACGUAAAAGCAUCGAGGUUGGCGAUGUGGAUGGGGUAGACGAACCCCCGAAGUCCCGUGUGCGUGUUUAG